AGAGGGGGGAGGGGCCUCUUAGUGUAGUGUACACUGUAGGACUCGGCAGCAGCUCAUCAGCCGUAGUAAAAUCUCUAACGGUCGGUCGGCCCCCCCUCCUUUUCACACCGAAAGCCUCGCACAAAAAGUUGAUAAAUGAAGGGGGACUCAACGAAAACCCGGCGACGGAGCUUCUAGUUCGCCGUUCUCCUUUAGUCUGUUUCCGGGGAGGAAAAACAGAGACUUUUAAUUCGUCCCGUUCGCUUCCCAAUGAAGCGUCCGAGAAAUGCCAGUGGAAAUGCUACAUCCGAAUCCAAUGCCACCCUAGGUUUGUCACCGACCCGAACCCCUACGUUUAUGCGGAUCCGUUGAGGGGAGCUUGGCCAGCACCAGAGCCCAGCGAUGGGGAUCUACAUGCGUUCCAAUGAGACCGACGCCGGCGCGGACUUCCAGCUCUGCCAGGAUUUGGACCUCAUCCUGUCGGUGCUCUCCCUCGUCUACCUCCUGGUCUGCUUCCCCCUGGGGCUGUGCUACAACGUGCUGCUGGUCGCCGUGAACCUCUCCAACAAGGUCUCCAUGACCAUGCCCGACGUCUACUUCGUCAACGUGGCCGUCGCGGGGCUGGUGCUCAACCUGGUGGCGCCGGUGGAGCUCCUCGGCUCGGCGUUCACCCGCUGGCACGCGUGGGAGUACAGCUACGAGCUGCACAUCACGCUGCUCAUCCUCUUCAACAUCUCGUCGCUGGUGGUCAUGUACUCCACCACGCUGCUGAGCCUGGACUACUACAUCGAGCGGGCGCUGCCCCGCACGUACAUGUCCAGCGUCUACAACACCAAGCACGUGUGCGGGUUCAUCUGGGGCGGCGCCGUGCUGACCAGCUUCUCGUCGCUGCUCUUCUACGUGUGCAAUCACAUCUCCACCAAGAUGGUGGAGUGCUCCAAGAUGCAGAACGAGGAGGCGGCCGACGCCAUCAUGCUGUUCAUCGGCUACGCCGUGCCGGCCGCGGCCGUGCUGUACGCCUUCGUGCUCAUCCUGCGCAUCCGGAAGGAGUCCACGCCUCUGGACCAGGACUCGGGUCGCCUGGACCCGUCCAUUCACCGGCUGCUGCUGGCCUCCGUCUGCGUGCAGUUCGCCCUGUGGACGCCGUACUACACGGCCCUGUUGGCGCACACGGUGACGGGAGCGCCGCGCCACGUCGGCAGCGGGCAUCACUCGCUUUCCUAUAACUUUGCGAUGCGCGCGUCGAAGCUGCUGGCGUUCUCCAGCAGCUUCGCGAUGCCCCUCAUGUACAGACAGAUGAACAAGAACUUCGCCGGCAAGCUGCAGCGGCUGCUGGGGAGGCUGCACUGCAGGGACCAGUCCUGCCCUCACGAACGCUCGGCGGUGCAGCAAGUGGUGACGUGACUCACGCCCACACACACACCCACCCACCCGGAUUGGAGAUCACACACACCCCUCCUUUCCUUCUCUUGGACCAGCCAGCACUUAUCUCCCCUCACCGCUCCACCCCUGCAGAAG